AUGGAAUCCGAAGCAUUCGAGGAUAUUCAGAAGGGCGGCGGUGCCUUGCGCACCAUCAAGGAUUUGGCCUCAGGCGCCGCGGGCGGCAUGGCACAGGUCCUUUUGGGACAACCUUUCGAUAUUGUCAAGGUCCGCCUGCAAACGACCACUCAGUACUCCAGUGCGCUGGAUUGCGCAACACAGAUCUUCAAGAAGGAAGGUCCCGCGGCCUUCUAUAAGGGAACUCUGACUCCCUUGAUUGGAAUUGGUGCCUGCGUGAGCGUGCAAUUCGGAGCCUUCCACCAGGCCCGCCGGAAGCUGGAGGAACUGAAUCAAAAGAAAUAUGCCAAUGGCACCUUAUCAUACGCACAAUACUACAUGGCCGGUUCCUUCGCCGGUGUCACCAACUCCGUUCUCUCGGGUCCCAUUGAGCAUGUCCGUAUUCGUCUCCAGGCACAGCCCCACGGUUCUGGUCGCCUGUACUCUGGCCCGGUUGACUGUGUCAAGAAGAUCUCCGCUCACCAGGGUGCCUUGCGGGGGCUUUUCCGCGGCCAGGCGGUGACUGUCCUCCGUGAGGCGCAGGCGUACGGUACUUGGUUCAUGGCUUUUGAAUACAUGAUGAACCAGGAUGCCAAGCGCAACAACGUGAAACGCGAGGAUAUUGGAGCGGUCAAGGUUGCUACCUAUGGUGGUCUCGCUGGUGAGGCUCUUUGGCUGUCCAGCUACCCACUUGACGUUGUGAAGAGUAAGAUGCAAACCGAUGGGUUUGGUGCCGAUCAGAAGUUCGCCAGCAUGCGCGACUGCUUCAAGAAGACAUAUGCUAUCGAGGGCCUUGCUGGCUUCUGGAAAGGCAUUGGCCCCACCUUACUAAGAGCUAUGCCCGUCUCUGCCGGCACUUUUGUUGUUGUCGAGCUUGCCAUGAAAGCCCUGGGUUAA